AUGUCGAAUAAAGUAGAUUUACAACGUAAAUUAAAAGAUAUUGGGUAUGAAAUUGGACAAUAUGCAUCCAAAGAUACUUUAUCAAAUGUUAUACGUCUUCACUCAUUGGCUUUAAACAAAGGUAUUGAUGUUGCGAAAUUAAAUGAUCUUGAACUUCGUACGAAUCUGAUUGAGAAUGGUCUUACUGUUGGACCUGUUACUGGUCACACUCGAGCAAUUUAUCAACGUAAGUUACUUGAAACAAUAACCAAUGAAACUACUGAAGGCCAAGAAGAUAUGAUCGAAAUAGAUAUACCAGUUUCAACAACACCACCACCACGAGCUACUCGAAGUUCAUUACUUCGAAAUGAAGAUGUUAGUAUUCUAUCGCCAACUACUCGUUCACUUAUGCAUGAAUUUCAAGAACCACGUAUACCAUUAAAUCGUGUUGAAAUCGAUGAUAAAAAUUCACGUAAUUUGUCAUCCUAUUAUCCAAAUUUAUCGAGUACAUCAAAACCAAAAUCUGAUGAAACAAUAACACAUUCCUAUUCACCACAACGUUCAUCAACUAAACCAGAACCACGUAAUAGUAAUAUGUCAUAUGGUUUACGCAAUCCAUAUGAUUUUCAAGAUGAGGAACCAGUGGUAAUGCGUCAUGAACAUAAAGCAACACCAUUUCGAACAACAAAUGUAUCUUCAGGUGAGACAUUUUCUACCAAUAUAAAUCGUUAUACAAAACAAUCUGAUAUACAAUCAACAACACGAAAUGAUUUAAGUGAAAUUCGAUCACGAAUUUUAACAAAUACAAAUGAACAGAAAGAUAUUAAAAUGAAUCAAGAUUUACCGUCAAAAAAGACGAAUUUUAAUAACGAUUCAGACAUUAAAAAACCAGCAAAUAACGAAAAACUUGAUGUUGCAGUUAAAAAUGGUGGUACAUUCUUUUAUGGUGGUAUUACAGUUGCUAUUGCACUAAUUGUCUUCGUACUCUAUUUAUGGUUAGAAAAAUGA